ACGAAUCAUACAUUGAGUUAUAUUGCCGAAGAAUCAUACCAUACCAUCAUCAUAUUGCAAAUCAAAUCAUACGCAGCACUGAACAAUUUGACACCAUUGUUCAACACAAACACAACUGCAUAAGAUCCCCUUCUUUUGUUUCAAUGGCUGAAUCAGGGAGCGACAAAACACUCCAUCAAAUUGCAUACGCAUUUAAAGACCUCGCUAACACUCUCUCCAAUUCCAAUUCCGCAGAACUCGACGUUGCUCCAUUCUCUCGUGCCUGUUCUUUCAUUUCACCUCUCUUCGGUUUCUUAGGUUUCGCAUUCAAGUUCGCCGAGAAGGAUUACGUUGCCAAGGUUAAUGAUCUAGCCGAGGCAUCAAAGUCCAUUCAGACGUUAAAUUCUUUGAUUGAUCAUGAUGUACAAGCCAAUUCUGUCAGGAAUGCUGGCAGCCAUACUAGAAAUCUGUUGAGAGUAAGACGCGGACUUGACAUGGUCAGAGUACUCUUCCAGCAAAUGAUAGUUACCGAGGGGAAUUCUCUUAGAGAUCCAGCUUCAAAAGCUUAUGAACAAACGCUUGCACCUUAUCAUGGUUGGGCUAUCAGGAAAGCUGUUUCUGCUGGGAUGUAUGUUAUUCCUACACAGGAACAGCUUAUGAAUAAACUCAACGAUGACGUGGCGUCAGCAAAAGUCCAAAUGCAAAUUUAUGUUUCAGCAUCCGAAGCCGUAAUUCAGUACAUCGAUAAACUCUUUGUUUCCAGAAACUUGGGAAUAGAUUGGUGAACCUUGGAUUGGAUUGUAUUCAGAUUGUGUACAAUGUGAUUUUCUAUUAGGGAGUUGUCUGAAAGUAUUAAUGUAUUUAUCAGAAUCAAUUUAUUAUAGAAUUUGUCUAUAAUGCAAUAGAUGUUUAAGAAUAAACUUCUCCUGCAGUCUUUGGAGGACUGCAUUACUUGUUUGUCAUUUUCCUCUUCACUUCAAUUUUUGUUUUUUACAUUGAAUCCAUUGAAGGUUUAAUU